UUCCUGACGCUGAGGAGAAGGUUCCUGACGGUGAGGACAAGGUUUCCGACCGAAAAGACAAGGUUCCUGACGCUGAGGACAAGGUUCCUGACGCUGAGGAAAAGGUUUCUGUUGCUGAGGACAAGAUUCCUGACGGUGAGGAGAAGGAUCCUAACGCUGAGACAAGGUUCCUGACACUGAGGACAAAGUUCCUGAGGCAGAUCUAG